AUGCCGAUAGAGAUGCCGAGGGGCCUCCCCUUCUCGGUGGAUACGUGGACGCCGAAUUCCGGCAGGAAGCGGCACCACUUCCUUACUCAUGCUCAUCGGGAUCACCUCCAGGGCUUUGCCGCCAACUCCUCCUACCCCAUCUAUGCGACCCGCAUCACCAAGCUCCUCACGCUGCGGCACCUUCCCCAGGUCCUUUUUCCCUUCGUCUAGGGUCUUCUUCUCCCUUCCGAUCUGCGGGAUAGUCGCCGUAUUCUGAGCGGUCAUCGCGUUCUUCGUACCUGAGUCGUGGUUGUCGAUGUAUUUGGGACCGUGAUCUUCAUUUUCUUGCACUGGUGAAGCAGAUCGAGGGAGGAUUGUUCGUGGAGAUUGGGGUUGGGGAGACGACGGUGGUCAGUGACUUAGAAGGGGAUUUCUCUGUCACGGCGUUGGAUGCGAAUCACUGCCCAGGUAGAUACCUUUCGUUUUAUCACAGAUCAGAGCUCCAUCCGCUGGAGCUCUGAUCUUUCACUUUUUACAUCUGAUUUUCGUCCUGCAUGCGGUGUGUGGAACAUACAAGAUGUGGAUCUAGUAGGUAGGGAAGAAGGUCAUCACGCUUUAUCGAAAGAGGGUGCCAAUGAGUAGUCGAAAUAUUCUUACCAUUCUAGUUUUAUGGGAACGAUCUGAGUUCUUAAAGUGAAUACUCUUGUCGUAUGGGGAAGAAACAAUAUUUUCUUUUAUUUUCCUCUGGUUGCGCUGGUUUUCUGUUACAAAGAGUUUUUAUUCGAAUGAAGAAUUAAUCAAGUUCUGAAAUGCUUGCAUUUUUUUCUUUAGCUUCUGUAGGUGCACAGGUCAACAAUAUCACUAUCUUACUAUACUUUCCCAGGUCGUAGUAUCAAAUAUUUUCGGUCUUUUUUUUUUCUUCGCCUUGAACUCUUCAGAAAAGAAGCAUACCCACUAAAAACUAUUGAAACAGGGAGCAAGAUUAAUGGCCAACCUGAACCGUCCACCCAACCCCAUUACGCCUCCACUGGCAAAAAAAUUAGCUAAUGAAAGCACAUCUCUCCAUGGGUAUCCGACCACCCCAGAAAAAGAUGGAAACAAAGGACAGAUACUAUCCGCUCUUGGUUUCUUGUUCCCUCUAACAGUUUCCCAUUUUUCCUCUUGGCUUCUUUUGGCCUUGCUUAGCCGGAAAGAAAGAAUCCAGUCAAGUCUAUCUACCCCCUGCGAAGUUUGAGGUUCAUAUGGGGAUGACUCCUGACGGAGAGAAACAAGGUAUAGCAGCAGUUUCCGAGGGCGGUUUUGGGAGAGGUUUUGCUUUAAGAAACUCUGUGUUUAAUAAAUAUCCCUUUUUGUUGUCUCUGACGAGGAAAAUAAGACUGAGUUCACAUGGAUGACUUUCUAAUUCCUGUAUAAAAUAUCCUCUUUUGGUUGGCUUUGAGUAGAAAAGUCAAGACCGACCUCACCUAAUUGAUUUCCUAAUUCCUACGUGAAUCACUGGGUUUCGAAAGCUUGGUGGGAUGAAAAGUGGGGUCUUCCAAGGCCACGAUCUAUCAGGAACUGAGACUUUUAUAGUAUCUGAAUUCUUGUGUGGGAGUCAGCAUUGUGGCUGUGUAGGAACUUCAGUCACGCAUAUUUCGUGCGCAUUUUGGAAGUAGAUGGCCAUUGUUCGACUACAUUACAAGGAAAGGCUAGUUAACAAUUCUAACCACCCGACUUCUGUUCUUAUGUUUCUAUCAACAGAUGUGAUGUUGCUUUGAUUCAUGGGAUCUGACUAUCAUUGUUGAAAGAUGGCCGUCACUGUUCCACCUUGCAAAGAAUACGACCUCUAAAUGCCACAGGUAGAAUUCCCCAGAACAGGAGCAGCUUGUUCCAGUCACUGCUGCUCUAUAAAGAGCUAUAUUGUAGGGCAAUUAACCAAGAUGACAGCCAUCUAGUCCUGGCCAUUUCAUGCUGUCACUGUGGUUUGUUGGUGCAAAUCGUCCUGCAGUUCCUUCACCCAUCACAAUGAAAAGGGACAUCCUCUUAAUUCCUUGUGUACCUUCGUCAUAUAAUUCCUCCAUCCUGGAUGAAUGUUCCAUCCAUUAACCUGAUCAAAUAAACACCUCAUUGCUUACUUCCAUUUAUUGCAGAAGCUGAUGCGGGCCUUGAUUUGUCUCAGAUCACAUAACUUUAUUUGAGAUAUAAAAUUUUAAGGCCUAGAAUAAAUGAUAACAAAAUGAGGACCAUUUUCAUUAGGCCCUUACAAUGUGAAUAAAUUUAAAUUAAAUUAUAUGCAAAAAAAAAUCCGUCCAAUUAUUUCUUCGAUUGCUCUCGUUUAACGAAUUUACUCUUCUAUCGGCCAAAGUAUUAAUGCUUGUCGUCUGUAAAAUGGAUUUUGGAUUCUGGAUAGCUUCCUUCUAAUUUUGUGAUUCCACUUGCUUCCUUCUCCAGGGGCGGUCAUGUUCUUGUUCGAAGGUGAAUUUGGUAACAUAUUGCAUACUGGAGACUGCAGGCUUAGCUCUGAUUGUCUUAAAAAAUUACCUCUGAAAUACAUGACAAUGAAGGGUUCUGAAACAUGUCUUGAUUACUUGUUUCUUGAUUGCACCUUUGGCAGAUGUUCGAUCACUAUCCCAAGCAAGGAGUCAGCUAUUCGACAGGUAUCUGUCUCCACUGCCGCCGUCCUCAGUUGUUUCUUCUUCCGUUUUUUUGUUGUCCCUGUCACAUCUGCCACGAACUACUCAUUUAAGCGCUUUUGGCGCAGGUAAUCAACUGCAUCUGGAAGCACCCCCAUGCGCCUGUGGUUUACCUGGCGUGCGAUCUUCUUGGCCAGGAAGAGAUACUUAUAGAAGUAUCUAAGACAUUUGCGACCAAAAUAUAUGUCGACAAGGCCAAAUGCCCAGAAUGCUUCUUGUCUCUUUCGCUCAUAGCCCCAGAAAUUCUUUCAGAAGACGCAAGUUCUCGAUUCCAGGCAUGUUCUUGGUUAUCCCAAUUCUACCCGGCUCCUAAAGUUUCAAAGAAGAGUACUUCCGGCUCUAAUCCUCUCUCAGGAGGUUUACCGUCAUCCAGUCCUUAGCGGCAGCGUUUUCAUUCUAACCUGCUACUAUCCAUGCGCAGGUUUGUGAAGCGUUUCCUCGCCUCUGUGAGAGGGCGAGGGCCAAACUUGCGGAAGCUCGGGCAAAAGUCCUGCCCGAGCCCCUCUUCAUCCGCCCCUCCACUCAAUGGUAUGCGCGCGGAGAAGAUCAGAAGAGCGAGCCGAGAGGGCCCAGGCUUUCGGAAGCAGAGAGGGACGAGUUCGGGGUCUGGCAUGUGGGCUUCUCCAUGCACUCCUCCCGCCCAGAGCUGGAAUGGUCCUUGCAGCUCCUCCGCCCCAGGUGGGUCAUCUCAACGACUCCUCCCUGCAGGGCCACAGAGCUGGAAUACGUCAAGGACCACUGCUCUGGAGCUCAAUUAGCCACCGACGGCCCCAUCUGGAGACUCCUCGGCAUGGGGACGGAGAAGCCCGUGCCAUCGCCGGCUGCUGUGAGCUGCUGCAGCAUUUCUUCCUCAGCUCUGGUCGCAGCGGCGGCCUGGGGAGGAGGAGGAAGCGACGUGUUGCAGACGUCUGUGGAGGCGGUGCCCCUCACUCUAUUUGGGAGGGCGAGGAUGGGUCCUUCUGAUCGGAGCUCUUCUGGUGUGGAGGCAUUUGCGGCAGAGCAGGCGGUGGUCUCCCGCGAGGACGAAGCUCCUCUGCCGUCGCCGUCGCGCGUAGGAUCGCCCAGCGCCUACAACGCCAGCCUCAGGGGACUCUACAGGUCGAUGAACGUCCCCGUCCCGCGACCCCUUCCCUCCCUGGUGGAGCUCCUGGAGGACUCCAAGCGAGCAAGGAUUGGAUUAUGA